AGGGAUGCGGCUGACACUGGCCUCCACAGCCUCCUGCCCUCACUAUGAAGCUUAACAACCUCCUGGUCUUCACGGUGCUCCUGGCCCUCAGAAUCCUGUCGUCCUGGGCUGUCGUAGAUGCUGGCAAAGAAAAAGCAGGCAAAAAUGGAGCCUGCCCCUUCAUACACCCAGUAAACUGUCUUGUGUAUGAACCUCCUCAAUGCCACAGUGACUGGCAGUGUCCAAAGAAGCAGAAAUGCUGUCCUGGCCUUUGUGGCAUCAAAUGCUUGGAUCCUGAAGACCCAUCAAAGCCAGUUCAAGUCAAUCCUGGCAAGUGUCCAGUGGUCACUGGCCGGUGUAAGAUGCUCAACCCCCGAGACCAAUGCCGGAAUGACAGCCACUGCCCGAAGAGUCUCAAGUGCUGCAAGGGGAUGUGUGGGAAUUCAUGUGUCAAGCCGUGUGAGGUAAGGAGAGGAACUGGAGAGUUCCACACCUCCCCGCAUCCUCAUACAGCCUCAACCACCCGGCGCCCUUCCCUGCAAAGGAGGAUGCUUGGUAUCUCCCUGUACCUCCUCCCACAAACAGAUCUUCUGCCUCAGCACCAUUUACCCAAUGUUCUAACCAGGAAGCCCCCAGGGCCCCCUGUGACUGGUAGUGCUGGGUCCUGGAAGGGCAGGAUUGGUGGAGUAAGCCAGGAGGAAGGAGCCAUGAAAAGGGGCAAGAGUUCUCUCUUUCAAUAUCAUCUCUGCCUCUGACUGACUGGAAUAAGUCUAGCUUAGGACUUCCUGGUGUGUAUGGAAUUACUUCCUGGGAUUCCUUUUUCCUCAAGCCUGGAGAAAAUGAGAGGACCUUGAUGAAUAUGUGGCUUUGCGACCAAUACUCCCUGGGGGCUAAGAUUUGACCUGUUUUAUCGAUAAAUCCUCAGCAUCCAACAUGAGGCUUGGCACAAAUAGGAAAUGUCUGUUGAUUAAUGAAUAAAUAAACGUACAAAGUUU